UCGUAUAUUCCCUUCCUCGCAUUCUCGAGAGAGAAAUAUCCACCUCGCUCGAAAUAUCGCGCUCCUUCCAGCUAUGGCGGCAUCGAUCCCCUCAUUCUUGUGGCCACAGCGCCUGGCGGCGACGGCACGGCCAUCGAAUCACCGCGCCUCGACUAUAAGGGCUGCCGCAGUCGAAUCGCCAGCGCCUAAUCUCGUCCCGGCGAUCACUCUCUCGGACAAGGCGCUCUCCCAUCUCCAGAAGCUGCGAGCCGACCAGAAGAGGGAUCUGUGUCUCAGAGUCGGGGUACGGCAGGGAGGAUGCUCGGGCAUGUCCUAUAUCAUGGAUUUUGAGGACCAAGGCAACGUGAGAAGUGAUGAUUCCGUGAUGGAGCAAGAAGGAUUCACGAUGGUGUGUGAUCCAAAGAGCCUCUUGUAUCUCUUUGGUAUGCAGCUCGAUUACAGCGACGCUCUCAUCGGUGGUGGAUUUUCUUUCAAGAAUCCAAACGCGACGUCUACUUGCGGCUGUGGCAAAUCCUUCGCUGCUUGAAACAACGAAAGAAAAGUUCUCGUAA